GAGGAGCGGGCGGCAGUAGCGGUGAAUGUUUUUGGGGUGGGUGGGGGGCGCCAUUCAGCCCCAGGUGCUGCUCGUGCUGGGAGCCUCGGCGUCUCCCGGACGCAGCUGGGCUGUUAGUUCCGAGUCACCUCAGGUAGACACGGGGGUGGGGGAAGGAAGAAGCCGGAGCCGCCGCAAGCCACACGUGAAAGAAAAGCACAAGAAGUAAAGAACUUUUACAGUCAGUGUUGAUUUGGUUAUUACGUUGAUCCCCUGAAUCAAAAAAAGGUAUAAAAGUAUUGUAUCCCUAAUGUAGAGAACUUGGGAAAACACAAAGAGCAUGAAUUAAAUCGUUAGAUUGUCACUGGGAUUCCCACAACCACAAGAUGCCAUUGUUAAUCUUCUAGAAUGUCUUCUCCCUGCAUUUUUUUUUGGCCAUUAUCUGCUGAAACUUAGAAGCUGAUUUUGUCACAGUGUAAGAUGCCUUUGGAAAAUUCUGCAUUCCUCUUAGAUGAAUCUUUACAACUUGGUGAGUUUCACUAGAUACCUUCAAUCUUCAUUUUGAGCUCAGAGGAGCCUCCUUCAUGCCCCCUGACAGUCAUCACGCACUCCCAAAGAAUUCUGAGACUGAUGGUCAGCCAUACAGAAGGAUACAUUGAACCUAUAGUUUUCUGAAGAAUCAGUUCAAAAGAUCCAAAAAAUACAAAAGGAGAAGUACAAAUGUCUACCACAAGACGAAAACGUAGUAUGUUAUGUUGUUUACCGUAAGCUGUAGUAAAAUGAGCUCACUUGUUGACAGAGAUGAUGGUAGUAUUUUUGAUGGAUUGGUGGAAGAAGAUGACAAGGACAAAGCAAAAAGAGUAUCUAGAAACAAAUCUGAGAAGAAACGUAGAGAUCAAUUUAAUGUUCUCAUCAAAGAAUUGGGAUCCAUGCUUCCUGGUAAUGCUAGAAAGAUGGAUAAAUCUACUGUUCUACAGAAGAGCAUUGAUUUUUUACGAAAACAUAAAGAAAUCACUGCACAGUCAGAUGCUAGUGAAAUUCGACAGGACUGGAAACCUACAUUCCUUAGUAAUGAAGAGUUUACGCAAUUAAUGUUAGAGGCUCUUGAUGGUUUUUUUUUAGCAAUCAUGACAGAUGGAAGCAUAAUCUAUGUGUCUGAGAGUGUAACUUCAUUACUUGAACACUUACCAUCUGAUCUUGUGGAUCAAAGUAUAUUUAAUUUUAUCCCAGAGGGGGAACAUUCAGAGGUUUAUAAAAUACUCUCUACCCAUCUACUGGAAAGUGAUUCAUUAACCCCUGAAUAUUUAAAAUCAAAAAAUCAGUUAGAAUUUUGUUGUCAUAUGCUUCGAGGAACAAUAGACCCCAAGGAGCCGUCUACUUAUGAGUAUGUGAAAUUUAUAGGAAAUUUCAAAUCUUUAAACAGUGUAUCCACUUCAGCACACAAUGGUUUUGAAGGAACGAUACAACGCACACAUAGGCCUUCUUAUGAAGAUAGAGUUUGUUUUGUAGCUACUGUCAGAUUAGCUACACCUCAGUUCAUCAAGGAAAUGUGCACUGUUGAAGAACCUAAUGAAGAGUUUACAUCUAGACAUAGUUUAGAAUGGAAGUUUCUAUUUCUAGAUCACAGGGCACCACCUAUAAUAGGAUAUUUGCCAUUUGAAGUUCUGGGAACAUCAGGCUACGAUUACUAUCAUGUAGAUGACCUAGAAAAUUUGGCAAAAUGUCACGAGCACUUAAUGCAGUACGGGAAAGGCAAAUCAUGUUAUUACAGGUUCCUGACCAAAGGACAACAGUGGAUUUGGCUUCAGACUCACUAUUAUAUCACUUACCAUCAGUGGAAUUCAAGGCCAGAGUUUAUUGUUUGUACUCACACUGUAGUAAGUUACGCAGAAGUUAGGGCUGAAAGACGACGAGAACUUGGCAUUGAAGAGUCUCUUCCAGAGACAGCUGCUGAUAAAAGCCAGGAUUCUGGGUCUGAUAAUCGUAUAAAUACAGUCAGUCUCAAGGAAGCAUUGGAAAGAUUUGAUCACAGCCCAACUCCUUCUGCUUCCUCCCGGAGUUCAAGAAAAUCAUCUCACACAGCAGUCUCAGACCCUUCCUCAACACCAACAAAGAUCCCGACCGAUACUAGCACUCCUCCCAGACCGCAUUUACCAGCUCAUGAAAAGAUGUCUCAAAGGAGGUCAUCAUUUAGUAGUCAGUCUAUAAAUUCCCAGUCUGUUGGUCAAUCAUUAACACAGCCAGUGAUGUCUCAAGCUGCAAAUUUACCAGUUCCACAAGGCAUGUCCCAGUUUCAGUUCUCAGCUCAGUUAGGAGCCAUGCAGCAUCUGAAAGACCAAUUGGAACAAAGAACUCGGAUGAUAGAGGCAAAUAUUCAUCGGCAACAAGAAGAACUAAGAAAAAUUCAAGAACAACUUCAAAUGGUCCAUGGUCAAGGGCUGCAGAUGUUUUUACAACAAUCAGCCCCUGGUUUGAAUUUUGGUUCUGUUCAACUUUCUUCUGGAAAUUCAUCUAACAUCCAGCAACUUGCACCUAUAAAUAUGCAAGGUCAGGUGGUUCAUACUAAUCAGAUUCAAAGUGGAAUGAAUACUGGACACAUUGGCACAACUCAGCAUCUGAUACAGCAGCAGACUUUACAGAGUACAUCAAGUCAGCAGAGUCAACAGAAUGUACUGAGUGGGCACAGUCAACAAACAUCUCUUCCCAGUCAGACACAGAGCACUCUUACAGCCCCACUGUAUAACACUAUGGUGAUUUCGCAGCCAGCAGCUGGAAGCGUGGUCCAGAUUCCAUCUAGUAUGCCACAGAACAGUGCCCAGAGUGCUGCAGUAACUACAUUCACUCAGGACAGACAGAUAAGAUUUUCUCAAGGUCAGCAGCUUGUGACCAAAUUAGUAACUGCUCCUGUUGCUUGUGGGGCGGUCAUGGUACCCAGUGCUAUGCUCAUGGGUCAGGUGGUGACUGCCUACCCUACGUUUGCUGCACAGCAGCAGCAGUCACAGAGCUUGUCAGUCACGCAGCAGCAGCAGCAGCAGCAGCAGCAGCAGCAGCAGCAGCAGCAGCAGCAGCAGCAGCAGCAGGGCUCCCAGGAGCAGCAGCUCCCUCCCGUCCAGCAACCAUCUCAGGCUCAGCUGACUCAACCACCGCAGCAGUUUUUACAGACUUCUCGGCUGCUUCAUGGGAAUCCUUCAGCUCAGCUCAUCCUCUCUGCUGCAUUUCCACUGCAGCAGAGCGCGCUCCCUCAGCCGCAUCACCAGCAGCACCAGUCUCAGCAGCAGCAGCAGCGGAGUCGGCACAGGACUGACAGUGUGACGGAUCCGUCCAAGGGUCAGCCGCAGUAGCGCGCGUGCUUCCUCUGUCCUCGAGGGAGGAAAGGGGUGGCCCGCGAAGAGCUGUUCAGAUGAGCUGAGGAUGGGAUGGGAAGUUCCAGUGGUUUCAUGAGAUGCAGUGUUGAGUGUUCUAGUUCCUGGAAUUAGUUAGCAGGGAAAAUGCUGCCUAGGACUGCAGAUAACACAUUCAAUACCAGCGAGCAAGAGACGGUCAUAGGGCCAUAGCCAAUUCUGACAGUGUUUUUACUUGUCCAGAUAUUUUUUGGUGGAAAAAAGAGUAUAUUGCCAAAUGUUAAGAAGCUCAGCUAUGAAAUAUGACCUCCAGUGAAUCAGAAAGGCACUUACAACGUUGAUAACUUUUAGUGGUUCUAUGCCUGUUUUCAAGUGUUACAGAGGACACACCACUGCCACGUCAGGGGUUUGCUUACAAUGAUGCCAUGAAGACAGUCCAGUAGAAUCAGUAGGCCCCCUUCCCCAUCCCCUCUCCCUUUUCAGGUAAUGAUGGAAUAGUAAUUAAUUUUAGAAUGUUGUGUGAGUUCAAAUUCUCUAUGUACAGAUGCUGUAAAAAGAAUUUUAUGUAUAUGUCUGGAUAAAAGGAGAGAAAGCAAAACAUUUUGUAUGCUGCAUGAAAGCAUUAUCUCCUAUUUAGGUAUGAGUACAUUUCCUUAGAUUCUGAUGCCAUGUGCAAACUAAUACAUCCUCUGUUUCCUUUUGUUUACAGUAUGAUAGUGUUCUGUUCACUCUUCCGGGGCACAAGUCUUUUUUUGUUCAUACUUUGGCUGUGAUGUCACAGUUUGUUCAGUGAGGUAUGAUGUGCUGCUGGGAAUGGAUUUUUUUUUUCAGGUUAAAUUAUUUGAAACAGGAUGUUCAAGUUACUCAGAAAUAUCCCUCAUUUCAUUAUUUUUCAAUUAUGUUUGAAAAUAGGAUUUGCACUGCUUUAUUUUAGAUGGUUAGGAGUUUUGAUCACAUAUUUUGAUCUAGUUCAUAGUUGGAAAUAGUUGUAUGAACGGUUUUCAACAAGCCUGAAAGUAAUUUCAAGAAUGUUUCAGUUAUAGGAGUAAAAUUUGCACACAAAAUAUUUUAGGCACUUUUUAACAUUCUCACUGGUGGGAAUUUUAACUUUUAGGAUUUGUUGGAAUCUUUAUAUUAUGCUUCACAGUUUCAAUGCUUCUUUUAGUCAGAAAUGAUUCAGGGUUAUUUGAGGGGAAAAAACCCAUAGUGCCUUGAUUUUGAUUCAGGUGAUAACUCACCAUCUUGAACUCAUUGUCUGGUUUCAGUAGCAGUUUUGAAACCUUAGUACAUUUUUAAUAGCAUGUGGCUGUCAGUGCCAUUAUUAUGCUCCUAAAUUCCUAAGACGACUGCUUUGAGUCUCUCAGAUUAGAGUUACAAAUAAUUUUUAAAUAAAAGUUGACAUCCAAAUGACAUUCAAAAUUAUUAAUAUGCUUACAAAAUUAUUUUCCUAAAUCAGCAUUUUCCUUAAAGUUACGUAGUCAUUUAAGAAUUACCAGUAAAUAUUUGCUCAGUAUGAUCUUAAAAUCCUACAAAGGAAAAAGAAGGGGUCAGAAUUGGCUUUGCCUUCACUGCAGCUCUAGAAUAUUGUGACUCACAUGCUCUAUAAACAUGAACUAAGAUUUCAUUGGCAAUAUCAUGGUCUAAAGUUAGUUCAGUUCCAACCAAAAUUGCAUACAUAAAGCAUUUUAUAGAUUUUUAUGGUACUAAUAAUUAAAUUUAUAACUAUAGAACAAAGGAAAAUAAUGAGAAAAUACCUUAUUAGAAUAUCAAAAAUUACCACUGAGGAAAGGGAAAACAGCAAGCUGUAAUAAAUCAAAACUGACCUUAAUGGAAAAUGUAUGACAGAAAUGAGGUUGUUAAGCAGAAGAGGUUUGGAACAAUGAAAAUAACCUAAUAGAAGUUGCUAGAUAAAUUUUGCAGGGGAACUCUCAUUCAGUUCUUCAGACUCUUCUGUCCUUAGCCUUGCUGUCAUCCUUAAGGGAUAUACUUCGUCUUUCUGUGGAAAACCAUACCUGGCCACACUUAAAUUAGAAAAUUAAUGUUGAAACAGAUAACAACCAAAGAAAGUUGGUACCUACCCUUCUACAAAAGAAGUGUCAAUAGAUGCCAAUCAGUAAUUAACAUAUCAAGGAGCUCCUCUUCUAGCUAAAUGAUCUUCCAGAAGAGAUUUCUUUCUCAUGAAUGUCAAGAAUGGUCGUCAGAGUACGAGUGGACUUGAGCACACAUGCGCACAGACAGCGUCAAAGUUGUAGAGAAUGGCAACGGUACUUCCUCCCCUUUCAGAUUGCCUUUCUUAACCUGACCAUGCCACUCUGUAUGUAUCUGAGUUGUGCCUCAUUUGUUUAUUGGCAAUAUGUAGUGCUACAGAUUUAGCAAACAAAAGAUUAUGUUAAGGUUUAUCCUCUAAGUCCCAUACUUUAAAAGAGAGAUGGUGAACCCUGAGUACUGGGUACUCAGGUUAACAAGAGCAAAGCAUAAGACAAGCCACAAAGUGAAUCUAGACUGUUUAUUCACAUUCUCUUCCACCAGUCCCUUCAAGCGUUUCCCAUCCUCACAAAUAUUUGGGGAAGAAAAUUAGACAAGAUUAUGCUUUAUGAUUCCUGUUGUUCUUCACAGCUCAUUUUUUUUCCUGCCUAGGAAAAUUGAUUGCUAAAUUUAAAGAAGCAGCUGGCUGCUUUUCUUUUGCUGUCAGAAUGAAGUGUGUCAAAAGAGCUAGUAACUGCCUCUCAGCUCCUUUAACUUUGUUUUCCUCCUGCUUUCCUUGAACUUGGAUUGCAGCGCUGUCCCUGCUCCCUCCCCCAUGAAUGGAGACUGGAGCAUUCUGACUAAGAUGCAGUAGUUGCCUGUUCUUCAUUCAUUUCCGUAGCCAAAGUUGUUCAUUAACAUCCCAAAUCUAAGUCAUGGAAAAAUACCAAAUAGGAACACCUUUCAGCUACUUAAAAAUCGUAUCUUCCCUCGUCUUUACUCUUAUAGAUCAUUCAGUUUUUCUUAAGAAACACUUUAUUUGGGAUGGCACUUUUUAGGUAAGAAACUGUUGAAGAUAAGGAAAAGCAUCAGCUGUUCUGGGACUGCCGUGGCACUGGGUGAGUCAGUACCGUUCUAACCACCACAGGUGAGGGCUGCAAAGGUUGAUAAAGUGCUGCUGAGAGUGGUGUCAAACCAGAACUGAGACAUUCGAAAGCACUUUGUUGUUUGAGUGAAAAUAUUGGCAGAAAAGCAAAUAUGGGGUAGCAUUUAGGUAAAUACUACAGUUCAGUCCCCCAACUCUGUCCUAAGUUGAGGGGGUAAUUUGAGUCCUGUGCUCUGCCUUGUCACUUCAUUCUGGUUUGGGAAUGUACUAGUAAUGAAGGAUGCUGGUGACUUUGAAUAGUUUGUUAUAGAACACUCAGUGCGGAAAAGUGAAAAUGUUAUUUGAAUUCUUCAAGUGCUUGAGUUGUCAGUCAUUGCCUUAAAGCAGUCGGUCUGCUUGCAGUUAGUCAAGGGCACUGAAGCAGUGCAGCUCUGUAAAGAGCGUCGUGUAGAAGGGAGAUGAACCCUUGUUCAAGAAGCCUUAGAAAGCGGCCCCUCAAAAUAGUACUCUUCCUGCUCUGCAUAGAGAGGUGAGAAUUAUUUUAAACUGGAUAUUACUCAGUGUGUUUUAGAAUGUUUCCACUACAUUGAGGUGAACUUUUUUUUUAAGUGGGAUGCAACUAGCAUUUUACUUUGAUAUUGAUCAUUUCUACUUUUCUUUUCCUGUAUUUCUCUGCUAAUCAAAAGUUUGUUGACAAAACAUUUGUAUAAAACUCAUUCAAGUCUGUAACCUUUCCAAUGUCUGUGACCCUGUUCUUAGUCCCUCAGGAGUCAGUGUUGGAAGGUGUAAACACUGGAUAUUACUAUUGCUGAGUGAGUCUAGCCAGGAAUAAGCUGAUCGGAAUUUUUAAAUGGAGGAAAAGAAACAGCACAAAGGCACUUGCCGGUUUAGUGGUGAUUGGAGAAAGAGCCUUUUGUUUGGGGUGGGUGAGUGUUCUUCUAAAAGGAGCUUCUGAAGUAAUUGCAAAGGAAAAGAGUUGACUAUUUUUAUAGUAUAUUUAAUAUAUUUGUAUAUAACUAUGAAUAUUGUAGGAACCCUCCACAUGCCUCCCACUUUUCUAAUUUACUCCCCUUUUGCCAUAGCACUAGCAUAGCCUCAUCCGCAUGGGUAACGUGCCUACCGUCAGCCUACCAAAACAUAGUGCUGCUGCUUUCUGAGACAGGUGAGAAGACCCAACUCUCAUGCCUGGGGAUCCUUUGUAUAUGAAUAGCACACAUUUCGCAAACAACACACCACAGUCUGGAAGCAUCAUUUUGAAAUGUAGUAAGCACUUUAUUGCAAUUAUUCAUUUUGAUAAAGUUUAUUAUCUUAUAAAUAACCAUUUCUAAAGGAUCCCCAAAUCAUCACUUAGGUGAAAUUUUUAAAUGACACAUUUCUGAGAAAUGUUUAGAUCCAGUGAACCAUAGUAGGUUUAUGGGAGUGAUUUCAAGGUAGCCAAAUGAACUUUGACUUCUGUUUUGAAUGUGGUGGAGUCGAGAGAUUGUAGGUGCCCAGUUCCGUGUAGACACUAUUGUAAACCUAUCUUGCCUAUUGUGUGGACACCAAAAGAGACCAAUGAGCCUGUCUAUUUUCAGAGGUCUAGGAAAAUUGCAUCAGUGUGAAUAGAUGUAUAGAACUAACCUAAAAGUGAUUGGUAGUAAUAUUUUAGAAUAUAAUAAUUUCAAGAAUUAUUCUGGGUGUUUUUAAUGUGCUCUGAAAUGUUGGCAUGUCAUUUCAGUGUUUCCAUUUGAAUUGCUCUUGUAAUAUUUUUGCACAAAAAGGACUGAGAAAGACUACUUUGGUUGAAGAAAAGGAAAAAAAAAUUGAUCUUAUUUUAAGAUCUCCUGUGGAAACACUGGGGAUGAAUUUUGUUGGUAUAAUUCAUUAAUUCAGGAUUUUAAAACAGUAUUGAACAGCUCACAAGAAAUUAAGCAAACGUGCAUAUUGAAAAAUUAAAACUUUCUUUCCAUGUGACUGUUGCAUAUUUCCCCAUGUCAUAAUUUAACACUACAUUCCUUGUUUUUCUUAAAUAAAAUAAUACUUUGCAGGUUCUGGUUUUGAGUAUUUAACAAUAUUUUGUAAGCUGCCUGGGUUUUCCUAGGGAAAUGUUUAGUGAAAUAGGAUAUAGUUUAUGAAAAGACAUUAUUAAGUGAAAUUCCAUUACCACCACCAGCAAACACUGAGGUGCUGCAUUUAAGUGACAAUCAAAAUAGUAAGUAUUUAUGGAAGAAUUCAGAAAGUGGUUUUUAAAGAAGCAAUUGCUUUGAAAGCAGUUCUCUGGGUUUCUUGAAUAAAAAUGGCUAAAUGUAUUUAUUUAUAUUUUUAAGUAUCUUUGUGUUCUGUUUUCUCAGAGUGAUCUUAGUGUCAUGUAUUUAAUUGUGGUUUUGUUUUGCCUCAUAAUCCUUAGAGGACUGGUUCUUCUUAACCGGGGUGCAGUCCCUAGCCCUCGUCAUCUGUUUCCCUUCAGGACACAGUGGAGCCCAAUCCAUACGCCCCAGUGCUCCCCUCCUACUCUCAACUUAGUUAAGAGAAAGAAAAAGUAAAAGUAACUCCUUUCAAAUCUGCUUCGUGUAGCUCCAACCUUUUUCUAGUUUCACUUGCUGCCUUUUCUAUUUUAUGGGCAUUUUUUAUGUGAUAACUUCCCCAACACAGCCAAAGGCCAUUAUGACAGAAAAGAACCCAGGCACACGUUGCCUCUGUUUUGCCCAUUUGAAAAAAUGUUAUUGAAACAUCAUCUAAAGGCCAUCGCUAUCAUAUCCAUAUUAAAAUCCAUUUAAAGUCCUUAAACAUAGAGGUAGAACAAUGUAUACACACUGCAAACUCUUCAAAAAAUGUGUGCUGUCUUUAUAUAGUGUAAUGUUGCUUGGCCCUUUAAACACAAAGUAAAAUCAAACCUCCAUACACAGCACUGCCCAAUAAAGCAGUGUUUGACCAUUUGAAGCCUAGAAAUUUGGGGGUACUUCUUGCUGGUCUGCAUUGGAACAGAAUUCUCCACCUUCGGGCUCCUAGUGUAGCUCUUGAGUCCCACAGGCCAGGUACAGAGCACACUCUAGCUUUUGGGAUCCCUUAGAGAAUGGUGAUUAAAGCACGUCAACCACAAGUUGGAUUUAAUGAUAUAUAAAAAGUGUUUCUUAACUCUGAGAGUUAAAUUGAAGAUGUGAUGUUUUCAAAUGUAUGCUUUUAAAUUUCUGAGGAAACAAACUGUGACAUCGCUUUAAAAACGACAUUAAGAUGUUUUAUGAUGUGUUUUGAGUUGGCCUCUACUGGUGCAGGUUCACUGCUGGCAAUGGUUGUGCCAAUACUAAAGAAUUAGAAUGCAGGAAAAGCUGUAUGUAUUAUCUUCAAGACUGAUGUAUUACAUAGCUAGACAAUCAGCAUCAAGCAAAAAAGGGGGGGGGGGCAAGGAAAUGCUGUUCUCCUUUACGGAUGUCAGCCAGAGGCCAGAGCUAUAAUUUAGACCAUUCUGAAAUCUGUCUUAUCGCAGCGUGAGCUGGGGGAGGUCCUCAGCAUGCCACUUGCACACUCUAUGUAAAGACUGAAGCCCAAAGACAAGUUAAAAAUCCGUGCUGUAUUGAAACCAGUUAGUGCAAAAAAAAGUUUUCUCUGUAAAUUUUUAAUUGUUAACAUCAAUUGGUAGUUGGAAAAACAUACACCACAUCCUUUCUCAUGUUCUGUGUGGUUCUUAGUGUGCUACCCUUCACAUUGAUGUGUCCUUACUGCUUGGUUCUUGGUUUUAAAUUAAUAUUAGAUACAGCCUGUCAUUCUACCUUCUGAGGGUGGAGCUAUAAAUGGCUAACUGAUACUGAAAGAAGAAUACCUAUUUUUCCUAAAGCGAACAUUUAAUUGAAAUCCAAACUGAUUAACAAAAACAAGACUGACAGUGUCCAAGUAUUGUCUUUGGCCCAGAUCCUAAAUUACACGGAAGCACGAUGGGAUAAUGCAUGGUUUCAACGGUGCUAUAUUAGGUUCUCUGAUUUUCAUGAGCUCUGUUUGGAAAUCCAAUGUUGUGUAAAAUGUGGAUCAUUUUGUUACCAAUUUAAUAUUGCCAUUUUCACUUGGUGUUACAAUUGGUUACACUUGUUUUUCAAAGCUAUCCUUUGAGAAAGAGGUAAAACGUGUUAUUAGCCUACCUCCACUCUGGCCUCUUGCUGUAUAAUCAUUUUUCCAGGUUAUGAUGUGUGUAGUUUUUAAAACUACAGGUACAAUUAUAAUGCUCUCUCCCGUAGACUCUUGUAAUGUAUUCAGAACCUAAAAUUAUAGGAGAGCCAAGCAGAAGCAUUGGGGUUUUUUUGUAAAUGUAAAAGUGAUUAGAUUCAGACUUUGUUUCCUUAUUCAGUUUUAAAAAUAAAAAAAUACCUCAGUGCUGUUUUCCAGUA